AUGGUAGUGACCUGUAACUGUUUCACCAUCAGUAAUGGAGAGAUGCAGGAUGUUGGUGUUGGCCUAUAUCCCAGCAUGUCUUUGCUGAAUCACAGCUGUGACCCAAACUGUGUGAUCAUUUUUGAAGGAUACCAGCUUUUACUUCGCUCCGUCCGAGAGAUUCAGAUUGGCGAAGAGCUCACCGUCAGCUACAUUGAAUCACUGAUGCCCACCAGUGAACGACAGGAGCAGCUGAAGCGCCAGUAUUGCUUUGAAUGUGACUGUUGUCUCUGCCAAGAUCAAGAAAAGAUUUACGUCAGCCAUUUGAGUGUGGUGGGAGCGGACCCCAGCGUAAGAGUGUUAGCCACAAACCUUGAGGGGAUGUGCCUGCUCUUCUGA